UACGUCUCUAACUCGAUCGUCACUGUUUGUAGACGCGGAUCACAUACAGAAAGUCUGAGGAAGAUCUGUGCAUUCCUAAGGCCAACAACUCCUUGGCAUGACUCUCACUAAAUCCCGCCAUUGCCACUCGGCACUCUUUGAGUGAUGGAUUUUGUGGAGUUUAUGAUAGCAAGCUUGUCCAGACGGGCAUGUACCGGGGAAGCUGACAAGCCUUCCGGGCUCGCCGCUUGUGCCCUCUGAACGUGAUACCAGCUGGGUAUCUAACCUUUCGGGGCAACCUGUGGUCUAGACUAGGCUGUGGAGAGAGAUGCCUCUGCAUCACGUACAUCUGCAGGCGUCUGGGGCGCAAGGACGGCGCUGUCGGUUAUUUUUGUUGUUUUGUCCAAAUCCAUGUCGGCUAUCGAUGCUGAAGAAGCCAAUGCACUGGCUUACUCUUUGGAGAUUCCAGGUAAUCCAUCCAUCUAUAUCGGGUGGUGGCAGGUAAAUGACGGAGGUAUUGGAAGAAAGCCGGGAUCAGCGUGGGAAAGGCAAGUUUCAUGCAAACAGUCGCUUGCCACUAGUCCAAAGACGGCGGUUAUCGUCUCGACCUGCGUGGUCAUGAAGACCUGACCAGCAGCAUCACACUGGUGAAUUUGGGCGGCUGUGCUCAAACACUCUGGCAAUACAAGUUAUGACUGGGAAGAGCCUUGCCGCCUUCGAGGUAGCAGUUUAUACCACGUUAUUGCUGGCUACACCACUGCAUUAGCUUCUAUCAGUUCGAGCCCCGGGAUGGAGUUGUUGCAACCGUAGUUGUUGUGGUGAAUAGUACGCCAUGGGUUAUAUUCGCGGGGUCACUGAUGUACUGUCAGUUCGAAAUAUAUCCAGCUACCUUGGUGCAUGAUAUAUCUCUAGUGCUAAAAGAGUGUUCCGUUCACAGGUAUUUUCGCCUGGACCAUACCUUACUGCUCGUUGGCGAUCGCUACAUAUACAAUGUUACUUCAUGUGGGAUGUGA